AUGGCUUACCACAUUGUUACUUCUUCAUCAAGGAUUUUGAAAUAUCAGAACAACAAAUGGAUUUUCUGGUACAAGCAAAGUGCUGGAGAUAUUCUGGAUUUAAUCGUGAUGCAGCAGCGAACGACAAACCCAAAUUAUGGACCAGCAUUCUCUGCUUCAAAAUUCAGUGUAACGAACUACAGCAGUCUUACAAUUUUCACAACCGUUCAACAAGAUGAGGGAAUGUAUCACUGCGCUCAAAUGGACGCACUUGACUUUAUAUGGAGUGGGACUUAUGUAUCCAUAAAAGGAAUCACUGAAAGGACAUCAAACUACACAGUUCUUUCACAACCAACAAUCUCAGAUCCAACAGGUUCAGAGACUCUGCAGUGUUCGGUCCUCUCUGACUCUGAGAACACAACCUGUUCAGGAGAACCCAGUGUGUUCUGGUUCAGAUCCAGAUCAGAAAAGUCUUUUCCUGACAUGAUUUACACUGAAGAAAAAAAAGCUGAAAAUUGUGAGAAUAGAUCUGACUCUCCGAAGAGAUGUUUUUAUAACUUCUCUAAGAAUAUCAGCUCUUCUGAUACUGGGACUUACUACUGCGCUGUGGCCACUUGUGGACAGAUAAUAUUUGGAAAUGGAAUUAACCAGAGAAACGGCAAAACAAAUGAAAACGACAUGCUGGUGGUCACAAUCUGUUUGGUCACUUCUGUAAUUGGUAAUAUUGUUUUCAUUUGCUAUCUAACGCGAAGAUCAGCAUGUCAACAAUGCAAAGGUUUGUUUCAGUGA